CCAUGGAGUCUAUUUCAAAUGCGAAACGUGUUUUUGAUUCAUGCACUCAUCUUAAAGCAUUUUUCCCCAAUUUCUUGGGCUUCUUCCACAACUAUUGUGUACAUAUUAUAUUUUGUCGUUACAUGUAUUUUAAUUAUUUUUUAGCCAAAAAUUAUAACGCGGGACGAUUGGUCACCUUUCGUUAUCAUUAUUUAUAGUAGACGUACCUACAUCACGGUAAACACGGAACUCUGUAACCCUACUAUCAGAAAAUCAUUCAUUACGUCUUUUGUAUGAAAUAAAAACAAAAUUAAAUUUCAUAAUCUUGAGACCAAACUUACAAAUCAAACCUCCCAUAGCUUCACUUUCAUUGGGACACACAAACUAAACAGACGAAAGACUUGUAAUCGAAUGCGCUGAAUUGCAGAGGACGCAUAUUGAAUUUUUAAUUAGGUCUGUGGCUUUUGGUGGUGCUUCUUCGAUUCCAUCAUGAUUUUUAUAGUUUUUCUGCAGGUAGGUUUUAGUAAAUAUUUUGAGUUAUUGUUAAUCGGUUGUGAAUUUUAGAAAAGGAUCAUACUAUGAAGGAACUAGGAUUGGCAAUUGUUUUGGGCAUUUUAUUGGUUCCAACCAUUCAAGCUACUACGGAUAUUUUUGACUUUUCAAAUCUAGAUUGGAGUAAAUUUCGGUUCUUCAGGAAUCUACCAUCACAAAAUCCAGCAACAGCUCCCUAUGCUAAUCCGGUUUUGGAACAUUUUCAAAAGAAAAAAGCGGUUCUAGAUUAUUUGGAUAGACUUUUGCUGGGGAAUUCCCUUCUCGGACCACCAACGCCAAUUGAAUUCCAUCCCAACUAUGGUAAGGCAUGGCGGCCUUACUUUGAGCACCAUUACGGUCGUAGGGCUGAAAGACUGAUUGAACUUCUAGGAAGUGGAGCAUCAGUGGAUAAACUAAAAUACCAUGGAGUUUUACCACAGGACUUUGGUUCAUAUCAUUAGUUCGACUUAUAGACGUGUUGUUUUACUUAAAUGCCACUUUUAUUUAUUUAUUAGAA